UUGAACCAAAAACUUACAAAAUAGAAGAGAAGCUAAAACAUAAGGGAGAAAAAUUCGGAAGGACAAACAAAAGAAAGAAGAAAUCAACGGUAGUUAUUUGUUGAUCGAAAAUGUCGUGGCAAACAUACGUUGAUGAUCACCUGAUGUGCGACAUCGAGGGUAACCGUCUGACGGCUGCCGCCAUCAUCGGCCAAGAUGGCAGUGUGUGGGCUCAGAGCGCCACUUUCCCUCAGUAUAAGCCUGAGGAGAUUUCUGCCAUCACGAAAGAUUUUGAUGAACCUGGAUCUCUAGCCCCAACUGGGUUGCACAUUGGUGGCACAAAGUACAUGGUGAUCCAGGGAGAGCCUGGAGCUGUGAUUCGUGGAAAGAAGGGUUCUGGUGGCAUCACUGUGAAGAAAACCGCCCAAGCUCUUAUUUUUGGUAUUUAUGAUGAGCCAUUGACUCCAGGACAGUGUAACAUGAUAGUUGAGAGGUUGGGUGAUUACCUCCUUGAUCAGGGCCUGUAGAUCCCGUCUCAAGAUUGUUGUUUGAGAAUGCUGUUUUUUGAUUUGGGCUUGCAUCUGGCCAUAAACUAGCAUUAAUGAUUUUGCUGCGAAAUAAUGGUUUGGGGACGGUGACAGUGAUUUAUAUUUUUUAUCUUUCUUCUUGAUCCCUUGUUUUCUUAAAAUAUAUGUAUUCAUGAUCAUCUAUGCUAUAUGCUAGCUUGAAUCAAGUUUGCCAUCUCUAAAGCAAAAUGUCAGUUGGAUUUGUUUUGUAUCAAGAUAAUUGUAUUUUUUAUAUAUAUAUUCAAAGAAGUUUGGUAUUUAUAUGCACACAAA